AUGGACAACUAUAAGUAUAGGGUUGAAAUUCAACAAAUGAUGUUUGUCUCAGGUGAGAACAAUGAUCCUCCCGUGGAAACUACAUCUUUAAUAGAGGAUAUUGUAAGAGGUCAGGUCAUUGAAAUCUUGCUCCAGGCUGGUAAGACUGCCCAUGCUCGUAAUAGCAAGAGUAUACUUCCUGAGGACGUCAUUUUUUUAAUCAGGCAUGAUAAAGCUAAAGUGAAUCGGUUAAGAACAUAUCUCUCCUGGAAGGAUCUCCGUAAAAAUGCUAAAGAUCAGGAUGCUCAGGCACAAUUAGCAAGUGGUGGUGCUGGAGGUGGAUCUGGUGGUCAAGAGGAAGAUGAUAAAAAAGAUAAGGACGCAGGCGCUAUGAUGAAGGUGAAGAAAUCAUCAAUGAAGCUUCCUUGGGAGCUUCAGUUUAUGUUCAAUGAACAGCCACUAGAAAACAAUGACGAUGAUGCUUUGGAUGAUGAAGGACGUGAAGCUAAUAUGGCUACUUUGAAGAGACUUAAAAUGGCAGAUGAUAGGACUAGAGACAUGACUAAGGAAGAAUAUGUACACUGGUCGGACUGUCGUCAGGCAAGUUUUACAUUUAGAAAGGCCAAAAGAUUUAAAGAUUGGUCUGGAAUUUCACAACUGGUGGACGGGAAGUUGCAUGAUGAUGUAGUGGAUAUUUUGGGGUUUUUGACCUUUGAAAUUGUGUGUUCCUUAACGGAAGCUGCUUUGAAGAUUAAGAAUAAGGAAGAAAUGUUAAAAACAGAGAGGGACAAAUCAACUCAACUAUCGCAGGAGUUAUUAGAUUCUAGGUCACGGAAAAAGAGACUUUUUGAUGGUCCUGAUAAUUUGGUCAAUCCUCUAAAGGCUAAGCAUAUAGAAGAGGCCUGGCGCGUUUUACAAACAAUAGAUAAUAAACACAGGGCACUGACAAACUUCAAAGGAGGUAGAUUGAGUUCAAGACCGGUUAUUAUGUAA